UGGUUUUUUAGUCAAAAUUUAAGAGACGGAUUUUAAGAACUAGAACUUCCAUUAAGAGAACAUAUUCUAGAUUUUUGUUUGGUUCAAAGUAAAUAGACGAGUGUACAAACGUACUUUUUACUCGUGUCUUAUACAGUUAUACCUUAUUUUCUUCAUGGAAACUCGUGAUCCUUUCCAUACCCACUUUGGGGUAGGUCUGUCUCAACGGAGAACCACACGACUAUAUUGAUUCAGUCGUGUUCUAUAACUAAGACAUAUCGAUAAAGGUUUUUUUUUUUUGCUAACAUAUCGCUAAAGUUUAAAAUUGAGAAAAGAUAUAUUGACACAAGUUACAGAGAUAUGUGGAGAUAUACACGUAUAUAAAUAUUAUUUUCAUGAUUUCUUUUGGAAAUUCUUAAUUAUGACAAUUGUUUUUUUUUUAAAAAAGACGAGGGCACUAGCAUGAUUAGUGGGGGUUUUAGGGUGGAGUUUGUUAGCGAAAUAUAAGAAAGUGUCUCUUAAUUUUUAAUUAAAAAAAACUAAAAACUAGUUUUUAAAUAAGAUAUUUGUUUAAGAAAACUGACCCACUAUGACGCUACGAUAACAUGGGCAUAUUUAACAAUAGGCUUGUUCGUUUUAUAAACGCCACUACUUGCGGCUGCGGCAGAAAAUAAAGUUAGGACAGGAAGAAAUUCUUCGAUGAUCUGAUUAAAAACAGCCGCAACGGACAAUCAGAGAAACGAAAAAUAGAGUCGCCGCGGCCGCUGAAAUUUCGAGCGUCGUUUGAAUUUGACGCAGCGACCGUAAAAGAUGGAGGAUGCGGUUGUUUUACCAAAACUCAGCGACAUCAAUUAAUGACGAUGCCGUAAAAGAUACUUAUUUCCUUCGUAUUUUUUGAAACGCCGACGCUGCCGCGGCGUCUCCAAAAAGAACAUGACUAAUAUAAGUGAACUCGUUGGAUCUCCAUUUAAUAUUAUUGGGAGACUAUGAGUAGACUAUUCUUGUAAAAGACUCGAUGUCAUUCAAACUACUCAUCUCAAACCACAUUUUUCACAUUGUUAUAUUUAAUAUCAAUAUUCAUACUCUCUUCUCUAUAUAAACACAUCCGAAUUAGUGAGCCAUUUAUUAACACACAUAAUCUAAAGACCAUCUUGAGAAGAGAAAAAAAAGCGAGAGAGAGAGAGACAAUGAAGUUCCCUUACGGUUCUUCUAAUGAUGAUCUCCACGCUUUGGUCAAUCAGAUCAAGAGUGACAUUCAGUUGUCCACCAUUAAUUUUGAUCCUUACUCAUUUGUCUCUCCUUCUGCUUACGAUAUGGCUUGGUUAGCUAUGGUGGAAGAAGACCACAACGUAGAUGAUGAUGAUGAGCUUAAACCUAUGUUCCAAGAUUCUCUAGAUUGGAUUUUGUGUAAUCAAAAUGCCAGAGAGGGUUACUGGGGAAACUCCGGCUGUCCUACUCCAGUGUCUGAAGCCGGAGAAGACAGAGACGACAUGUACACUCUAACUUCCACUCUUGCUUGUGUUCUUGCUCUUCACAAAUGGAACAUUGGGGGUUUUCAUCUCCACAAAGGGAAGAGAUAUGUCGAAAGAAGAACGGAGAUGAUAAUUGAGAAAUACAACAACGAAGAGGGAUCUUAUCCUCGUUGGUUCAUUAUCAAAUUCACAGGAAUCCUUGAGCACGCUCAACAACUUGACUUACACUUUGUUUUCUCUAGUCGCUGUAUUCAAAUGAUCAAAGAGGUGUUUUAUCAACGCCAAGAGAUUCUCAAAAGAGAAAAAUUGUUGGAUGAUUGUAACCAUAUACCUCUACUGGCAUAUCUAGAGGUCUUGCCAUCGAUGUUAUAUGUCGAAAACCAUGAAGACAUGAUAGUUAAGAGCCUCGACAAUAUCGAUGGCUCUUUAUUUCAGUCGCCUUCAGCAACUGCAUCAGCAUUUAUGAUCACCCGCAAUGCAAAGUGUCUUGCAUAUCUUCGAAAUGUCGUUCAAAGAUGCCCCAAUGGAGUGCCACAAAAGUAUCCUCUCAAUGAAGAACUAAUAAAACUCUCCAUGGUUAAUGUAAUCGAGAAUAUCGGUUUGGGAGAGUUCUUUGGUAGUGAUAUUGAACAUGUUCUUCAACAAGUUUACAGGAGUUACGAGGAAGAAAAUAUAGAGAGAAUGCCUAUCAGUUACCUAGCAGAUAAACUGCACAAAGACUCUCUUGCAUUUCGGAUGUUAAGAAUGCGAGGUCACACCGUUUCACCGAGAAGCUUUUGCUGGUUCUUGAAUGAUCAGGAAACUCGAAAUCAUUUGGAAAGAAAUACAGACUCUUUGUUCCUCGUCAUCCUUAGUGUUAACAGAGCCACAGAUCUCAUGUUUCCAGGAGAGCAAGAGCUUGAAGAAGCAAGAGAGUAUACUCGGAAUCUACUUGAGCAAAGUCGGUCCAUCGAUGAACGAAUGAUUAAGCAUGAAUUAAGUACUCCAUGGAUAGCUCGACUCAGACAUCUUGAUCAUAGGAUGUGGAUUGAGGACAAAAACUCAAAUGUUCUCUCAGUCGGAAAAGCCUCCUUUUUAAGACUACAUAAUAGAAACAUCAACAAGCUGACUUAUCUUGCAACAAGAAACUUCUUAUUUCGACAAGCAAUGUAUAGACGCGAGCUAGAGGAAUUAACAAUAUGGGUCAAGAAAUGGGGACUUAAUGAUUUUGGUUUUGGUAGAGAGAAGACAACAUAUUGUUACUUUGCAACUGCGACUUCAUUGCCCUUUGAAUUUGCCAUUAAAGUUGGAAAGCUUACAGCGAAGACUGCCAUCCUCAUCACAGUUGCCGACGAUUUGUUCGACGAAGAAGGUUCUUUGGAUGAUUUGGAAGCUCUUACUAAAGCCGUUAUAAGGUGGGAUGGAGACGAGCUUGAAGGUUACGGCAAAAUCAUAUUUAGGGCACUUGAUGAAAUAGUAAGAGAGACUACAGAGGCUUGCCGUAAGCAACACGGAACAGACAUUACAGUUCAGCUUCGCAACAUCUGGGGUGAAACUUUUGAGGCAUGGCUACGUGAAGCCGUAUGGAGUAAGAAGGGACAUACUCCAUCGAUGGAAGAAUAUCUUCACAGUGGAAUGAUCUCAAUUGCAGCACACACCAUGGCUCUUUCAGUUUCGUGUCUCAUGGAACCUUGUUUUCCCCAACAAAAACUCAACCCUGGAAAAUAUGAUACGUUAACCAUAUCGCUCAUGAUCAUUCCUCGACUUUUAAAUGAUCUGCAAAGUUAUCAGAGGGAACAAGAACAAGGGAAGAUCAAUUCCGUGCUACUCCACAUGAGGAAUACUUCAGGUCUCGAUAUUGAAAACUCAAUCGCUCAUAUCGAAAAGAUAAUCGAUUCAAACAGGAAAGAGUUUCUGGAGCAUGUACUAAUGGAUGGACUAAGUGAUUUACCCAAACCGUGCAAAGAGAUUCACAUGUCUUGUUGCCAAGUCUUUGAGAUGUUUUUCAACAAGAAAAAUCGUUAUGAUUCCGACACAGAGAUGCUUCAAGACAUUAAGAAGGCUUUCUACGAUCCCGUGAAUGUAAAUGAACGCUCAGAGAUCGAGCCUAAGCCACAGAUGGUACAUGGUGAUGAAUUUCGGAUGCUUCCUCUGCUGAUGAACCUGUCACCAAAGAUUCUUGAAUUUAAGAGGAAGGACGAAUACAGGGCGUUGAAAACAUUCAUGUGCUUGGGAAGAACAUCUCAUGCUCAUAAACGCGGCAUUGCCUUACAGCCUCUCAAGAUCGUUGCCUCGCAGAGUAUAGUGGUACCAAUGAUGCCAACAAAAUUCGCUCCUUGCUUCUACUGAUUAAUAUCUCUAACUAUCUCUGUAUGUUAUGUUAUAUUAUAUAGUUAGUGAAAUAAUCAUUACGUAUUUACGUGUAUAAAAGGUACAAGUGUUCUCUUCUUGUCUAAAUUUUAAAGAAAUUGUAAGUGUGUGAUUGUGAAAGAUUUAGAAACUAUGCUGUUCUCAAAUUGAUUUGUGCUAGCUAUACAAGUAGAAACCACUGUUACAUUCUCACACUAUGUCACUCUUAACUGUUCCAUUGUUGAUUCUUUCACGUGUCUUCUUCCACGUCAGCAUAAGCAGCUCUGUUUCUCCUCGUACUCCAGGACCUAUCAAAGCAUAAGCUUCUCCUUCUCCGACAGCUGAAACAGCUCGACUCCAAUGGUGCAUGCUUCCACCGCUAUUGUGAAGAGAAAUAGUGGUUGAGAAGAGAGCUCUCUUUCUGGUGUUACCUCUCUAGCUAGUGGUGAUGGAGUUGAAAGAUGGAAACU